AUGCACCGUGGAGUGCCAGCAAGAGCCUUCAUUAGACAUCCCCACUCCGAAGGCUUGCCACACCUCUUCCUCUGUGGGGAGAAAAUGGACACAAGUUGCUGCCAGGAUUUGCUCAUCUUCAAACUCUACCAGCGGGCAAAGCAUGUGUACAGCGAGGCUGCCCGAGUGUUCCAAUUUAAGAAAAUAUGCGAAGAAGCACCUGACAACACAGUCCAGCUGCUGGGGGAGCUAAUGAACCAGAGCCACAGGAGCUGCCGGGACAUGUACGAGUGCAGCUGCCCGGAGCUGGACCAGCUGGUGGACAUCUGUCGGAAGUUUGGGGCUGAAGGUUCACGCCUCACUGGAGCAGGAUGGGGAGGCUGCACAGUGUCCAUAGUACCUGCUGACAAGCUGUCCAGCUUCCUGGCAAGUGUGAGCGAAGCUUAUUACCAGAGGAGUGGUCGCAACCUAGCACCAGAGAAGGAGAGUUUGUUUGCUACCAAACCUGGAGGCGGGGCUUUGGUUUUCCUUGAGGCCUAAACAAUGCAAAAAAUCUCAGAGAAACUAUUUAGGGCAUUUGAGAACUGGCAGGACUUGUGCCACAGUAAAUUAGUCCCCUUUCUGUUUUCUAUUAUAAUGAAUGGCUGCUAUUAUCAAGAUGGAUUUCCAAAGAAAUGGUUGAAGCUUUCAGUGCUGUACAAUGAUUAUUUUUCUAUCUGAAAAUACGGGUUUUUUUCUUUUAUUUUCUCUAAGCAAUAAGAGCUGAGAUGGUGCUUGGGUAGAUCUUUUCAGGGUGAUUUACUAACAUCUAUUGGUUUGAAGAUUGUAAAGAUCAAUGGUAGAACCCACUUUCACUACAUGAA